AUGACACUGGCUACUCCUUCAUCACAACCGGUACAAAGCAAUUCAGCAACUGCCAACUUCACAUCUCCAGCCUAUAAGAGAGCUCGCCGUCAGUUCCUUAAAUCCACAAGGAACCGCCCGAAAGACAUUGAAGAUCAAUGGACUCCCUUCCGCGCCGCAGAGAAAAAGUACAAAGCUAAAUUUCCGCCGCCCGAUCUCUCAGGAGUACUGGAUUUGGCACUCUUGGAUGAGAAAAUGGAGGAUGAGAUCAGAAAGGGUCACUGGAAAGGCGGGCUUGAAGGCACGAAUGUUGGAUACAGGGAGGUCAGUUUCGCUGGAGCGGGGAGCGGGAGGAAGGCGUAUAUUUUGUCAAGGAUUCCAGGUCUUGUCAUUCUUCCGUCUUUCAUCUCGCAUGACGAGCAGAGGACUCUCGUUCAGUGGUCUCUUCGCGAUCAUGCUCGACAACCAAAUGAGACCAACCUCGACACGCAUUAUAUCCUUCCUCGAAAAGGUCUCUGGAACGCUUAUAUUCGUGAUCUUCAUAAUGCUGGGCCCGAGCAAAUUAUUCAACCCCGGGCAUCCUCUGAUUCCUCGACUUCGUUGCAAGCCACACCAUCCGCUGCUCCGACAAUUUCUUCGCCACCGGGUCCUCGCACCUUGAUAUCCAACACUCCCGCCUCUCCCUCAACAUUUCAAUCUCUCACCUCCGCUGAAAAGUUUCCUUACGCUCCCUCCCCCACGGUCCCUCCUUUGUCAACAUCCUCGUUACUCCCGAAACUUCGAUGGGCAAAUAUCGGAUGGUUCUACCAUUGGGGAACGAAGCAAUACGACUUUAGCAAAGGAAAACAAGAGGUCGGAAAUACUGUGAGGGACCUCUGUAAGCAUGCCGUGGAAGGUGUUAAAUGGGAAGAGGUCUUUGCCGGAGACGUAUCCGGUGUGGCCAGUGGUGAGGGCUGGGGCGACGGUGAACAGGAUUGGCAUACGUGGACGGAUAGUUACGAGCCAGACGCAGGUAUCGUGAACUUUUACCAGACAAAGGACACUUUGAUGGGCCACGUCGAUCGGUCAGAAGUUUGCGCCACAUCGCCUCUAGUCUCGAUAUCACUAGGGAACGCUGCCGUGUUCCUUAUAGGAGGUCUUACCCGCGACGUAGAGCCCGUACCCGUCCUUCUCAGAUCAGGCGAUGUCCUCAUCAUGUCAGGCCCAGCAUGUCGGAGAGCAUAUCAUGGCGUCCCACGGAUACUGGAAAACUCCCUCCCAGAACAUCUUGCUUACGACCCUUCAUCUUCUUCACCAGCGCUGAACUGGAACGAAGACGGUGAUGGGGACUGGGCACCAUAUGCGGAGUAUAUGAAGACGACCCGAAUAAACGUGAACGUGAGGCAGGUGUUCCCGAAGGGGUUCGACCCCGCUUUAGAUCUUACUCGAGCUCAAUUAGACGAGAUAAAAGGCUAGGAUGUAGGUGUAUGGGUAAGAUCAGAUCUAUGUACAUUGUAUCUUUUGAUGUAUUUGGCUGCAAGUCAUCUGGUGAAAGCGAGGAUUUUGUAUUCUACGUGUAUUGAGCAGGGAUCCAUCAAACGAAACGAGACUAUGACAGUGAUACCUUACACAUCUAGUGAUACACAGGUUGAACAGAAGUGAGAGAAUGAUGAGACAGCAGAUGAUGGUAUAGCUGCAGGAUACAGACCACCGGGCAAUAACAUCACUGAAGCAAGAUAUAACAGCGACCUUAACAGCCGACUUCCAAUGAGACGAUAGCAUCAUAAGUGUGAAAAAAAGUCCGAUGCAGUCUAAUGAAUAUUGUCCGACGAUCCCCACACCACAGUCUAAGUCCGCUCUCCUGGCCAGAUCACCUUGGCCGUCCCGAAGAUACUUCUCAAGCUGAACGGAGAAAUCAAGAAAGGGCUGGAAGGCACGAUAUCCUGAUCACAAACGACAUUGAGUCCCUCCUUGACCGACGUCCGCUCACUCGCGGGUGUGAAUAAGCUCCCGAGUCCGUGUGAACAACCAGGGUCCUCCACACCAGGUGAACUGUCCCCGACAAUCGAGGAUCCAGGAAACAAGAUAGAGUGCGCGGGGGUAUGCGAUAACAAGUGAAGCGUCGAACUGUCGAGAGAGAGGAGCGAGGCGAAGAAAGACAGAAGCGGAAUAUAUAUUCGCGGGUGUGGCGUAGGACCGAGUGGCGUCGGGCCAUGAGUGGUCACCGUCGACGUUGUUCUCGAGCGAACAUAGGAUAUCCUUCGCGAGUCCAGCCUUCCCUCCACAGCUUGCUGUGACUGCAAUGAUUGCUGAAGUUGCAGUUGAGCUCUGCGCCUCGCUUCUGCAUCCCCUAAGGAAUCCACUCUCCUGCGCAACGCAGCAGCCAUAUCCCACCUGCUCGCCCUCACUAUCUGCUCCUCCAGCAUAGAAGCCUCUGCCUCAUCCAUAGGCGACCAAUCCCAAUCACUUCUGUCCAACAAUCCUUGCCCGUGAGAGUCAGGUACAGGCGACCCGCCAUCGCUAGGCCUCAGGCUCAAUGGCGUGCCUACAUCUUCCCACUCUCCCGCACUGGUCGUACCAGUAGCACCAGAACUCUCUGUCAGGCUUCGUUCUCUAGACACUGAGAGACUCAGAGGAGGUGAAUAUAUGGCGGCUGAUGCUGAUGCGCGUGAGGACGACGGUGCGGGACUGGGUGGUGCAGAUGGCGGAUUGGGGAAGAGAUACAUGGAUUGCUCGAAUGCAGCUGCUAAAGCAUCGUCUUCAAGUUCCACAGAAGCGUCAGAGGCUGACCGCGAAGGGUUGGACGUGAUAGACGAAAAAUUCGCAUUUGGCCGUCUCGUGUAGUAUUCCAUGAUUUCCCUGGUGAUGAGAAAUGAGAGAGCUG